UCCUCCGCGCUCCCCAGCGGGGGCCCAGCCCGGACUACGAGCCCCGUGGUGCCCGGCGGCGGCGCGGCUGCGCGGCGGGCCGGGGGGCGGUGGCGGAAGCGGAGUCGAGCCCCGCCCGCCGCGGCCAGGCCGGGCCGUUGCCGCCAUGCCCCGGGACAACAUGGCCUCCCUGAUCCAGCGGGUGGCGCGGCAGGCGCGCAUCACCUUUCGCAGCCCGGCGGGCCCAGCCUUCGGGGAGAACCUGCACCGCCUGCAGCAGCUGCUGGACGAGGUGCGCGCCGAGGACUUGCACUUGGCGCCGCGGGGGCCGUCGGCCGCGGCGGCGGCGCCUGGAGGGGGUCCGCCGUGGGCCGGCGUGGUGCCUCCCGUCAGCUACAUGCACAUCUGCGAGACGGAGAACUUCAGCAUGGGCGUGUUUCUGCUGCGAAGCGGCGCCUGCAUCCCGCUGCACGACCACCCGGGCAUGAAUGGCAUGCUGAAGGUGCUGUACGGCACGCUGCGCAUCGCCUGCAUGGACACGCUGCCCGCCGGGGCGGCCGCCGCCCCGCCGCCCCCCGCCGCUGGCGGCGGGCCGUGCCUGCGCGCCCUUUUCCGCUCCCGCCAGCAGUACACGCCCGCCUCGCCGCCCUGCCUGCUCUCGCCGCACACCGACAACCUCCACCAAAUCGACGCUGUGGACGGGCCUGCCGCCUUUCUCGACAUCCUGGCGCCGCCCUACGACCCCCAGCACGGCCGGGACUGCCACUACUACCGGCUGCUGGAAGGGCCGCCGGCGGGCGCGGAGCCGCCCGCGCUGCCGCGGGAGGUGUGGCUGAUGGAGACCCCGCAGGCCGCCGACUUCUGGUGCGGGGGCGAGCCCUACCCUGGGCCUCGCGUCUGCCUCUGAGUCGCCGCCGGCGGUCCGUGCCGGGCGGCGGCCGCUAGGGACGAUGUGCGCUCACCCCGCCGAGAGGGGAACCUGCCGCCCCGCGGCCGGCCGCCCCCCCGAGCCCGCCGGACAGCAGCACCGCGGGGACGCGGUGUCCCGUGCUUGCUGGAGCUUCGCGGGAGCGCCGUGGGUCAGAGCCUUCCUCUGAUCGCGGGCUUCGUGAGUCGGGGAAAUAAAGCGCCAGAAUGUGUUUAUGCCCUUGGGGCCGAUGUGCGGGAGCAGCAUGAUUAAGCUGCUCAGCUGAAGGGUCGGAUUCCAGCAUCCUGUCUAAAUAGCUAGGGCCACGCAUCAGGGAGGGAGGCUCAGGCUCCAAAGAGAGAGUAAAUGCAAUAAGACUUGUCACAGGGCGCCCCAGCUUUUCCCAGUGGGGCUUCCACUGCUUGAGCCAGCUGGCACCACAGGACCAGGGGACUGUACCCACUGAGUUUGGGAAGUGGGGUUGGUCUGGCUACAGCCUUUGGGGACUAUCUCCAGAGCGACUCAAGAAGAGCUGUACCCCACUAGUAAAUAACAAAUCCAGAGCAACUCCUGAGCCAGGACAUGCUCCUCCAGUAAAUGCCAGUGAUCAACCCCCAGGGCUGGAGUUAAGGAAACUACUGCUCCAAAUGGACACUGUCAGGUUCAGAGUUACUUUUCAACAGUUCUUUAAAAGUGUCAUAUACAAGAUCUCACCAUUGCAACUGAGAAUUACUGAGUGCAUCUAUGCAUACUUCCUUUAGCAAGAGGGAGACAGCUGCUGAUUAACCUCGCUUGGAACCUCUAAUGCAGCAGAAGGUGACAGAAACUGGGCAUCAUAAGAGAAAAACCAACUAUCCACUGUUGUGGAAGCUAUUCUAGAAACACGGUGUAUUUGUAAACCCUCAGUAUGUGGCAGCGCAUACCCUAGGUACUGAUAAGAUUUGACCUGAUGUCUUCUCUUAAAAGCGUGGUCUGUGUUUUUAUAUGUUGAACGCUUUGGGCUUUUGAAGCCUUGCAGUUUCCUUCUUUAUACUAUUUAUAAAGACUACUUUUUCAUAAGGCUUUUAAAUAAACCUAGAGUAGAAGAGACACCAUGACUUUUGCCUUGCUAUGAUGGAAGCAGUCUGGAUAUGCAGUUUGUCCACAGCAGGGGAUGCAAUCUUUCUAACACAGAAGAGAGUUUUUCUACAGGUGAAGCACCCCAUCUGUGCUGCAGGAACUGGUCUUGUGCCUGUUCAUUCUAAUGCACACUUCAUACCACGAACCCAGGCCAGGGCAGCCUUGGCCAUCUUAGUCCUGACUGAGAAUUUGAGUAAGAAAACACGACUUAGCAACCUCCUAAGUUAUGUACCAGCCUGCUCCAGAAAUCAUUUCACAGCUGGCUUUACUUUUCUGUGUAUUUGUAAAAGCAGACUUGUUUUUCCUGUACAGUGGCUUGUAUGUGUGAAUUUUUAAAUGAUUUUGAUAUGGCAUUGCUUCUUUUUUUUUCCUGGCCUGUGAAAGAAUGAAUGUAAUAUACAAGUCAGCAUUAUGCAUGCAUGGAUUAAUUCUUUUGCAAGGAAAAAUUGGUAGAAAUUAUUUCAGGCAAUUUCCAUUUAUUCUUUUUGAGCACUUAAAGGUGUCUGAUAUUUCUGCAGCUGGUUUACCUGUUUUUCUUGGAAUUCCCCUGCAGCUUAGCAUUAGUUAAUGUUUAACAAUUCUUGAUCAAAAGUAGUCAUUAAUUAUAAGGCAAUGCCUCCCUGUGUUACAGCCUGUUUCUACCUCUCUCCAAGCCUAACGAAGACAGUUACCCUUUUUCAGAAGUCCACAAAGAAGAUAGCAUGGUGCAUGCAAACAGCUGUACUGGAAAAACAAACUGCAUCAGUGAGCAUUUUUUAUCCUAUCUGCUCUAUCCUCCCCUUAGGUCUUUCUGCUGAGUUUUUUAUUUUUUUCCUCCAUGUGUAAAACCUAGUCAAGAUGUUCAGUGGGACAGUAUUUAAUGCAUCUUUCUGAAGAGGACAGCAUGGUCACACCACAGAGUGCUGUUAACCAUGGCAAAACCUUUUUUUUUCUUUUUUUUCAUUAUUUUUAAUUUAGGUGUUAGUAUCAAAGUAUUUAAAGCUGGAAAAAUAGCAAAGAAAACCUGAGAUGCAUUUUUUUAAAAAGCCUCUUUGUGUAACUUCUUGCUUACUCACUAAUUGAAACUUACUUCCUAUGUUCUGGAUAUCUGUAAGUGGAAGGUUGAGGUCUGUAAUGCCUUUCCUUCUCUCUGCAGUCUGGUUAUUGUGUUUUCACAACAGCAAAAUAACUGUUAUUGCUGAAUUGUAGAAUAAAUACAGGCUAUCUCA